AAGUGGGCGUUUACGGAAAGGUCUCAUCCAUGUCCAUAUUCAUAUUGAAAAAGAUUCUUAGAGUUGUACCAAAAUGCUAAAGUUUCUAACGAUAUUCACACUGAGUGCCCUGGUGAUUUUGAGCCAGGGUUAUCCUACUCCAGAGGAUGAACAAAAUUUAAUAACUUCAUGCCUGACCGCCAAUAACAUCAGCCUGGUCGAGUUUGCGGCAAAAAUGAACAAAUCUUCCUCUGAGGAAGACGAUGAUGAGCCCGUUGAACGAAAAUAUAAGUGCUUCUUCCAUUGCGUGGCUGACAAAGGAGACAUUCUGGACUCCGGGGGCUACUUGGACGUGGAGAAACUGGAGGAAAUCGAAACUUUGAACGAUCACAAGAGGGAGGCUAUCUAUAGUUGCAAGAAGCUAAACGACGACGAGGAAGAUGGGUGUGAAUAUGCCUAUAAAAUGGUUGUUUGCUUGGGAGAACUGUUGGGCCCGGAUGACGAAGAGGAAAUAACUACAGAAGCUAACUAAAAUUAAAUAUACAGUCAAGCCAGAACUGGUUAAGCAAGUUGAA